UAUCAGUUGAAGUCACAACAGACACAAACAGCCCAAAGAUGUUCCGUUUCAUCCUCGUUUCCGCCUUGAUUGCCUGCGUCGCAGCUACUGCCGAAGAUGCUUAUGCCACUGGCUCGCAGUUCCUUGACAUCCAGCCCGAUGGCCAAUAUCAGUACAGAUACGAUACCUCCAACGGCAUCACUGGCCAGGAGUCAGGAUAUGCAGGCUACUCUGUGAGCGGCUCAAACGCUUACUACUCCCCAGAAGGUCAGUUGAUCCAGACCACCUACGUUGCCGAUGAGAAUGGCUACCAGCCACAGGGUGCCCAUCUGCCCACUCCACCACCAAUCCCAGACUACAUCCUCCGCUCUCUGGAAUACAUUCGCACUCACCCACAGUACGAUGAACCCCAACAGCAACAACAGCAGUUCAGCAGACCUGCUGCGGGCCGCGGUCAGAAGCGCAUUUUCGGUUAAACGUUGACACUCACUCUUAGUUACAAUUAUUGAGAAUCUAAAAGCUUUGUUAGUAUGUUUUUAAAUAAACGA